AUGGAGAAUAGGACAGAAGUGACACAAUUCAUCCUACUAGGAGUAACUGACACCUCAGAACUGCAGGUCCCCCUCUUUAUCAUUUUCACUUUCAUUUAUCUCAUCAAUGUGACUGGAAACUUGGGGAUGAUCAUCUUGAUUUUAUCGAACUCUCAUCUCCACACUCCCAUGUACUUUUUCCUUAGUAAUCUGUCUUUGGUCGACUUUAGUUACUCCUCAGCUGUCACUCCCAAAGUCAUGGCUGGAUUACUUAUAGGUGACAAAAUCAUUUCAUAUAAUGCAUGUGCAGCUCAAAUGUUUUUGUUUGUAGGCUUUGCCACUGUGGAAAAUUACCUCUUGGCAUCAAUGGCCUAUGAUCGCUAUGCAGCAGUGUGUAAACCCCUACAUUACACCCGGACCAUGACGACAAGUGUGUGUGCUCAUCUGGCCAUAGGCUCCUACAUCUGUGGUUUCCUGAAUGCCUCUAUCCAUGUUGGGGACAUAUUUAGUCUUUUUUUCUGUAAGUCAAAUACGGUCCAUCACUUUUUCUGUGAUGUUCCAGCAGUCAUGGCUCUCUCUUGCUCUGAUAAACACAUUAAUGAGGUGGUUCUUGUUUUUCUGUCGAGCUUUAAUGUCUUUUUUGCUCUUCUUGUUAUAUUGAUUUCCUACCUAUUCAUAUUUUUAACCAUCUUAAAUAUGCACUCAGCUCAAGGGCACCAAAAGGCUUUGUCCACCUGUGCUUCCCAUCUCACUACAGUCUCCAUCUUCUAUGGGACAGUCAUCUUCAUGUAUUUACAGCCCAGCUCCAGCCAUUCCAUGGACACAGACAAAAUGGCAUCUGUCUUCUAUUCUAUGGUCAUCCCUAUGCUGAACCCUGUGGUCUACAGCCUAAGGAACAAAGAAGUCAAGUAUGCAUUCAAGAAGGUGGUUGAGAAGGGAAAUUUUUCUAAAGAUUUGGGAUGUUAA